AACGAGUCCUUCACUAUCGGUCUCCAGUUGAAACUGCCGCAUCACGAAGUGGAGGCGAUCCACCGUACUUACCCCAGGCCAGCCGAUAGCCUUCUUCGCGUUAUUAUCACAUUCUUGGAACGAACUGUCAACCCGACAUGGAGGGUCAUUGUAAAAGCUCUCAGGAGUCCUGCGGUCAACCUUCAGGCACUGGCUAGGAGAGUGGAAGAAGCUCAUUUCCCUGACCCACCGGAUGUAGAAGUGCCUGGAAAUGCUGGCAUGGCGCCAGGAGGCAGUGUAACAACCAGCAUGCAGUGACAGUGGUGAGUCAGACCCCUCCACCUC